AAAAUUAGAAAUAAAAAUUUUUAAACUCACAUGGUGAUAGCUUAUUCUAUUUACAACACAAUCACAGAUGCAAUUACCAAUUCUAUGAAAUGAUUCUUCUAGAUAUUAAAAAUCAGGCUUUAGAAGAGGCACUAACUCUAAAAUUUAAUGCAUGUUUCGAAGGGUCCAAGCUCGAAAAAACAGACAUAAUAUUAGCAGAUUUCGAUGGAGUAUUAUACCACAUUUCCAAUCCCGAAAAUGACAAAACUAAAUUAAUCAUCAGUAUCAGUCUAAAAUAUUUCAAGGAAUUAUUGAAAUACGGAGCCGAUACGUUUCUCAAGAAAGAAUAUCAAGGCUAUUGCAUGUCCGAACCCGAAAAUGGCUACGAUUUCUCUAUAUGUUAUGAUCUCAAAACCCUAGUUGAAGAAUCUCGCGGGGAUGUAUCGGAAAAAGAAGAAGGCCAAGAGGAAUUUUUGCCAGUCAACAAGGACAAAAUAUACUCUCUGAUAUACAAAGCUAGUACUCUCAAACGAAAUUGUCUAGCCGGCUUGUUUUUGAAAUAUUUCGAUUCGCAGAACGUGAAACUCGAAGGAGCCCUCAUUCAUUACAGGGAGGAUGAAGCCAUGUAUAUUGAAGCUAAAGAGGACAGAGUAACAGUUGUUUUUAGCACACUAUUUCACGACGAAGAUGACUGUAUCAUAGGCAAAAUAUUUCUGCAGGAGUUUAAAGAGGGUAGAAAAGCUAGUCAAAAUGCACCCCACAUUUUAUUUUCGUCUUCGGAACCGCCCAGAGAAUUCAAGGAAAGAACUGAUGUUAAAACAGCCCCUAAUAUGAGUUACAUAACUUUCAUUUUAUUACCGCGUCACCUAACUCCCCAAUGCAGAGAUAAUACUAUAGACCUUAUAUUCAUGUUCCGAAAUUAUUUACAUUACCAUAUCAAAUGUUCAAAAGCCUAUAUUCAUUCCAGGAUGCGUGCGAAAACCUCAGAAUUUCUCAAAAUAUUAAACAGAGCUAAACCGGAAAAAACAUUGAAAACUAUUAAAAUCCUCCAAAGGACAAAAAAAGGACAACAAAAAAUAAUUGCUAGCGAGAUGACUACAAAACUCAAAUCAACUCUGAAAUUCGGAUAAUUUUGAUCACAAAUUGUUUAUCUAACAUAAUUCAUUAUGCUAUGAUUAUUGACAUAUGCCACAUUUUGUAAAUGCAAGGUUAUAAUUUGUGAUUUAUAAAUUAUAUUUUUGGUUUCAAAAUUAAUGCAUUUCUUGUUUUAUAAUAUUUUUUGGUUACUAA